AUGUCGUUCAAUAUUUCCACAUAUCCAUUUUUCGACAAUCCAUGGGAUUUUUUCAUAAACUGUGAGAAUGUGAAACGUGGUAGUCCAAAAUCAUCUCAAGCAUUUUGCAACACUGCAACACUCAAUGGUAUCCUAUGCGCCUAUUUUUUAAUCCCCAUUGUUUUAUUCAAUGUCGUCUGUAAUGUGAUCAAUGCUGUCAUAUUCCUACACGGUUAUCAACAUAAAACAAGACAAAUUGUCUAUCUUGGAGUUCUUGCGUUAAUAGACCUAUGCGCUUGCCUCGUAGAAGCUACAUUGAGAUUAUUCCCUGCCAGGGGUAUUCCGUAUGCAACUAAUGGAGCGAUAUUCUUCUCAAUAAGCACUACAUCAAGAAUCGGUUGCAAGUUAUAUCGCAGCAUUUUGUCAUUUAUAAUUAUAUUGAAAGGGAAUAUAUUAGUUGCAACAAUGCUUGACAGAUUGUUGGCUAUUCAAUUUCCUUUGAAAUUUGGUAAAUUAACCCCACGACAUGCAUGGUAUUUUGUGAUCAUUAAUUUCGGUGCAGCUAUUCUUAUGACUAUACCAAUUGUGAUUCUGUCAGAUUGGACUGUGUUUUACAAAAGAAUUGUAUGUUAUGAACGUCCAAGUAAUUUAUUUCAAUCCCUAUAUUAUGGUCUAUUCUCAGGAGAAUGUUUUAUUCAAACAGCUAUCAAUGGAAUAUUGAAUGGAGCAUUACUAGUGAAAAUCUAUGUUUGGUUGCGUCACAGGCGUAAAAUUACAACUACAUCGACACAACCGACGACUAUGUCAUGUGAAUUAUCAGCGUGUAUUGUAUUAUUGAUUAUUUCAGGGACAACAUUUCUUCUAUCUGUUCCAGGUGCUUUAGUGAUAUUUUUCGGAGUAACAGAACGAUUCGACUAUGAUGACAUUCAACCAAUAAUCAGGUUACGUAUUUCACUGAUAUUAAGAGAUAUCUUCUUGAUUUUUAUCUAUAUGCAGCCUAUGUUUAAUACAAUCAUUUAUAUCUGGCGAAUGGAACACUUUCGUCUAUUGUUUGUGUGUAUUAUUCAGGGGAAACCAUUGCAUACAGUGAACCGACCAUGCAGAAAUUCGUCAUAUGUUACUCAUCAUUAA